UGUGUCAGAUAUGGAGGAAAUGGCCACUAUGCCAGGAACUGUGGACGACCCCCGCAUAUCAACAAGGCCUAACAAGGGGCAGGGGAUAUUCUGGGCCCCCACGGGGACGCAGUAACUGGACACCACGUGGGCGGGGAAAUUGGGGCGGAUAUGGAGGUGGUCACCAGCCUCAACAGCCAUACUACCAGCAGCAGCCAUCUGGUCCCGGUAUGCCUGCUGGGGCAACAACUUCCUAAUCCAAGCUUGAUCCCAAGUAUGGCCUGGCUAGGCCAAGAAACCGGACCUCACCAAUGAAGCUGCCCAGAGACCCCAGUUAACGUAAAUAACACCACCAACUACACAUUUCCGCCUAGUGAGGAACCAGUAGUUAAAAUUGCAUGAUUGGGGGUAAACAGCAGAGUAUGUUGAUUGACACAGGAUGCACGUGGUCUUCUGUGCAAGCAUCAUACCGAGACAUGACCGAGAGACGACCUAUUGUACAUAGCAGUCACUUAUAUGUGCUCAGAGGGCGUGGCAACAAGCUGCAUUACUACAGUGCACAACUGGACAACAUUGAAGACGCAAGCUUUCUCAGGGGUCUUGGGAAAUAUUAUGAGAAAGCCAUUUACCGUGCCACUGGAUGUCUACUGGGAUGACCUGAAAGUCACUCAUCAAUUCCUAUACAACUCGGAAUGUUCCAUCGGUUUGAUGGGAAGGGACCUACUCUCUAAACUUGGCUGUAGCAUAUACGGCAAUGGACAGGGUAUGCAUGUAACAAACAUUCCUCCAGCCGAACUAAUGCCGAUGCUGAUGACCGAAAAGCUUGACCCUCCCCGAAUGUUGUAUUUGGGGGAUACAGAAGAACCGGAAGAGAAAUCACAUGUAUACUGGCUCAGGCUCCUGGAUUGUGACCCAGACACUCCACGUGUCUGUCGUACUUUCCAGAGGUGGAAACCAUGGAUACAAACACUGAAUGCUUACUACCCACCGGACGACCCACCACAUGUUACAAUGAACUACUCCAAGGAAAAGGACGAGAUAUAUGAAGAAGCAUGGUAUGAAGACAUGACCGAGAGACGACCUAUUGUACAUAGCAGUCCCUUAUAUGUGCUCAGAGGGCGUGGCAACAAGCUGCAUUACUACAGUGCACAACUGGACAACAUUGAAUGUGGCCAAACUGAUUGCGCGAGACACAUUGCUGCCCUGUCUAAGGCAAUAGGGAAAACAGCUCAUAUCGUUAUGAGACAUCCUCUGGAAAUCAACACAGAUCGCGGGGUGACCGCCUUUAUUGGCUCCAAACUGUUCACCCUAUGGAGCAAGAGGAAGUCGAACAUCACAAAAAACGAUCACGGCCAAACACAUCACCUAUGUGACAGAAGUAACCAACAUGACGGAUGGGAUGGGAAACGGAGAACCGCACAUUUGUGAAGACAGGGCAGCAAAACAAGUAAAGGUCAGGAUGGACCUCGAAUGUCCCGUUGGAAGGAACAGCAGAGACUCUGUUUACGGACGGUUGUUGUUACAGGUCACAGGCACCAGGAGAAGGUAACAUAGCAUCCUAUGCAGUGGUGAAGCAAGGAGGAGGGACAGGAACACACGAGGUGGUAGAAGCAAAGAGAUUGGACCCAUCUGAGGCCUCAGCCCAGCAGGCUGAACUCCGAGCACGAAGAAGAGCUCUGGAACUGAGCAAAGGGAAAAGAGUGAACAUCUACACAGAUUCUGCAUAAGCACAUGGCAUUGCACAUAUAGAUGGUCCACAAUGGAUGAGGAGGGGCUACCUGACCAGCUCAAACGAACCCAUAAAACACAAACAGGAAGUGCAUCGACUAAUUGAAGCGAUACAGCUGCCAAGAAAUGUGGACAUCAUGAAAUGUAAAGGGCACAGUAAAGAGGGCACCAGUGUGAGACGAGGCAACGACAGGGCAGACCAAGAAGCUGGAGGUUACACGGCACAACAGAUGGUGCAGAGAACUGGAGAAACGCAAGAUGAACUAACUAUGGACACAGUCAGGCAGCUGCAAGAGGCCCCGGAUGUAUAUGAGCAGACUGUUUGGAACAGGCAUGGAGCCAGAAGAGACCAUCAAGGGAGUUUAUAGCUCUUGGACAUAAUUAUAGUUUGGAGAAAGUGGAAUUGAGGCAGGACAGAUUAUGGGGAGCGGGGGAACAAACUCGAGUGAGGAAGAAGGUCAGGUUCAGGAUUCCGCUUUAAAUAUUGGCUGUGAAAGUUUCGAAUUGGCUACUUUUGAUUGAGAUGUCCUUAUAUAGGUUAAUUAAGGUUUUUAGAAAUUGCCACCAUAGACAUGUUACCCGUUACAACCAUCAAAUAUGUUAACCCUGCUUUCCCGCAUUACUAUCUAGCUAGCAAAUAAGUUAGUGUUAACGUUAGCUAGCUAGCAUGCAGGUAUCCAACCAGAGUUUCGCAUGUUAGCCUAGAGAAAAUAAUAGUUUGCGACAUUAAUGGAAACUGAUCAUUAAUAUAACAACCUUAUCAAAUUAGAAAUGUUGAUGCUUACAAUUAUCAUUGUGUCGUUGUGUUACCGUCUUGAGGAACAAAUGUCGGGUGAAUGACAUGCUCUUUCUGCUUCUCCCAGUUUUGAGACAUGACGGUUAUAAAUUGUAAUCAAUUCCAUUGUGAUAUUGUAAACUAAUGAUUUGAAAUUACAGGUCAUUUUCAGUCAUUCUGUCUAUAUCAGAACAUCUAACAAGAUAUUAGAUUUUUUAAAUGUAUUUUAAAUCAAUAUAUUUCAUGAUAUUGUGUAUAUAAAAAAGAUCAUCAAACUUAUACUAUAUGCAAUAUUGUAUAGUUGUAUUCGUGUAUCUAAUGCAUUUCAAUGAGUACAAGCUGAUCAGCCUGACCUUCAGAUAUAUUUGGAUCAAAACAGACGGACAAUUUUGGGCUAAAUAAAGUCAAUGAUGGAUGGACCUGAUAGAGCCGAAAUUCGCUGUCCAUGGACGUCGCCACUGAUGCUAUGGCAAAGCCACGGUGAAAUCCCCCUUUAACCUGAAGUUUUGGGCUUUUUUCAAUGCAGGAUUCAAUGCGGGGUGUGUCUGGUUUUGGGGAGGGAAAUAUGGCGAAGCGGAAGUGCUGUUCAAGUCUGAUAUCUCCCAUUUGAGUAAAAUUGGUCAGAAGGAAUGGAAGACGGAGACAACGAAAAAUGGAGCAAACAGACCAAAAGUUGUAAACGAACAUUGGUUUCUUUUGGAGUGCGAUUCAUCAACAAUUAUGUAUUUUGGGGUGAUCAUUUGAUGUCAGGAAGAUGGUAAAGGAGGCAUGAGGAAAGGUAGAGUCAGUCAGAGUGACCAGUAAUGGUUUUGUUUUGAUUAUCAUGCGUCUCAGAAGAGUAGGAGAGAGCAUUGUUUUUCGGAGCAGGGCACCGAUAAAAUGUGUUAUAUCUGGAGUUUCGUUGAAAGAGUGAAGAAUGUUUGCCUACUCAUGUGACGCUGCAAUAUGUAAGAUACGCGAAUAAACCACUGCAGUUAUGAAAUUGAUAAAAGAAUGGUCAUAUUUCAAGUGUGUCGACUGAAUAUUUUUGGUAUUUAUUAGGAUCCCCAUUAGCCGCUGCAAAUGUAUCAGAAUUGUUCACUUCUCUCAUUGACUUGUCAAACCCAGGCUUGGUCUACGACAAGCCUUCUCUGAAGUCUCGCGUUGUUACGUCUCUGGGUUUAGAAACUGGUAGUGGGGGGAACAGGAAGUUCCGCGCAGGCGCACAUCAUUCUUCAGAAUAAAGGAUACGUCAGAAUUGUGCCGCCGAGACGACAACUUCUGUGUCGCUUUCAAAUGUAUUACUACUGAUUAAGUCUGAGGCCGGUAACAUCAACAGUGAGGACAAACCCAACCUGCC